GAGGAGAGCUAGUGGAAUCCCGAUGAUUACUCAUGUUGUAUGGUUCUGUCAUAGUAGACGUGGGGAGACACAGACUUCGCAGUAUAUGUCGAAGUCACUUCAGUUCCGUUUCAGUCGUAUCGCGACAUUCGCAUUUACCAGUUGUCGUAAGGAACCCAGCGGAGCGUUUUCACGACCGGCGUUUGUUAGCCAACGCGACCGACCGGUUGACACUGGCGCCAUUUCCAAGUCGUAGGCUGUCAAUUAUCGAGGUGAACCGUUGAAAGACGAGAAAACGUGCGAAAAAUAAUUAUGACAGAAUUCCAUCAAAUCAUUAUCACCGUGUUGAGCAUCCUGCUCGCCGCUUUUCUCUUUACCGGAAGCCGUCGGCGAGUCAUGUAUGUGCUGUACAAAACACUGCCUAGAGAUAUUAUAGGUGCUUACCGAUUUUUUCAAAUUAAUAUUCUUCUUUGGUGGUGGGAAAAGUGUGAAUACACCGUGCCGAAACUUUUCGCAAAAUACGCAGCAGCUAAUCCGAAAAAAAUUGCUUACAUCUUCGAAGAUAAAAAGUGGACAUACGAAGAGCUAGAUCACUUCAGCAAUCGUAUCGGACGUUACUUUCGCACCAGAUCGUUUUCUCACUACGAUUGUGUAGCUGUGAUUAUGGAGAAUAGUCCUGAAUACAUCGGUACCUGGUUAGGUCUCACUAAGGCCGGUUUAGUGGCGGCUCUCAUCAAUACUAAUCUCCGUCAUAAUAUGCUCCUACAUAGCAUCAAUGCUGCCGGUUGUAAAGCUAUCAUCUUCGGAUCCGAAUUCAAGGAUGCGAUUCGUGACAUUAAGAAUAAAAUACCUGACAUCGAGCUUUACCAAUGGUCGGAGUCGGACACAUCGGUUCUGGAAGAGACGAUAGAUCUCAACAAUGGAAUCAGUAACAUUGAUCCUGCACCUCUCAUUGUCCAACUUGACUAUGGCAGUCCUCGAGACAAAUUGCUUUAUGUCUAUACAUCUGGGACGACGGGAAUGCCAAAGGCUGCUGUUAUUACUAAUUUGAGGUACAUGUUAAUAACAUGUAGUGUAAACUCACUGCUUGGUUUACGCUCUAAUGAUCGACUUUACAACUCUUUGCCUCUUUUCCACACAGCAGGUGGAAUAAUUGGAGCAGGUCAAGCACUUUUGCGAGGUGUGACAGUCGUGCUUCGUAGACGAUUCAGUGUGUCUAAGUUUUGGUCAGAUUGCAUCCAUUACGAAUGCACUAUAGCCAUAUAUAUUGGAGAAAUUUGUCGUUUUCUUCUCAUGGCUCCACCAAGUCAAAAUGACAGAAAGCAUAAAUUACGCUUAAUGUUUGGGAAUGGUCUGAGACCGCAAAUUUGGGAAUCUUUUGUAAAGAGAUUUGGCAUAAAACAAAUAGGAGAGUAUUAUGGAGCCACCGAGGGAAAUUCAAAUCUCAUCAAUAUAAACAAUAAAACUGGUGCUAUUGGUUUUCUACCAAGAUAUGUUCCCAAGGAUGUGUAUCCUGUUGCUUUGUUGAAAAUUGAUGAAGAAGGGAAUUUAUUGAGAGGAACAGAUGGACUCUGCAUACCUUGUAAACCUGGUGAGCCUGGCAUUUUCGUGGGCAAAAUUAAUUCGAAAAUAGCGAUCAAUGAUUUCGUUGGUUAUACGGAUAAAAAGGCUUCGGACCAGAAAAUUAUACACGACGUCUUUAAAAAGGGGGAUCGUAUCUUUAAUUCUGGUGAUAUUUUAGUAAUGGAUGAACUUGGAUAUUUUUAUUUCAAAGAUAGGAUCGGUGAUACAUUUAGGUGGCGAGGUGAAAAUGUUGCUACUUCGGAAGUGGAGGCAGUCAUCAGCAAUGUGAUAGGUUUUAAAGAUGCAACCGUAUAUGGCGUCGAGAUACCUGGAAAUGAAGGUAAAGCGGGAAUGGUUGCUAUAUAUGACGACAAGAAUUCCUUGAAUCUUGAAGAGUUUGCAGACAAGUUGAAGAAAGUUUUGCCGUCCUAUGCUAGACCUCGUUUUAUUCGCAUUUUGUCAGAACUACCAAUGACUGGAACAUAUAAAUUGAAAAAAAAAGAUCUCCAACAAGAUGCGUUUGAUAUUAAAAAGGUCAAAGAUCCGAUCUAUUUUCUUAACAAUGAUACCUAUGUGAAGUUAACUGAUAAAUAUUACAAUGAUAUUAUCAAAGAAAAAAUACAGUUAUAAUUUUACACGUUUUCCUACGGAGAUACAUACUUCCUUUUUAAGGCACAAUAGAAUUUGAAUUUCAAAAUGUAAGGAUAUAAAGGUUUAUAAGCUUCCUCAGUGUUAAUUAAUCAUAUAGUGUUAGGUGAUCAUUAUUUUGUGGACCAAUUAAUUAUCAUAUGUAUCUUUGCAAAUAUUCGUGCAAAAAUGUAUUUUGAAAAUGAUAUAAUUUUUUAUUA